AUGUCCCACGCACUCCCAUAUGCCUCUGAUAAUACUGCUGCUGUUACUACUACUAUUAAUACUACUAUUACUACUACUGCUUCUGCUGCUACUGCUGCUAAUACUGCUGAUGCUGCUGUUGCUAUUAUUGCUAUUAUUGCUACUAUUCCCGCUGUUGCUUCUGCUGCUGUUGCUAAUGCUACUGCUGCUGCUGUUGCUGCUGCUGAUACUGCUGCUGCUACUGCUACUGCUGCUACUGCUGCUACUGCUGCUACUGCUGCUACUGCUGCUUCUGCCGCCUUUGCUGCCACUGCUGCCUCCGCUGCCCUCGCUGCUGCUGCUGCUGCUGCUACUACUGCUGAUACUACUACUGCUGCUGCUUUUACUGCCUUUGCUGCUUUUGCUGCUACUCCUAUAGUAUUACUACUCUACUGCUUCUGCUAG